AUGGCUGCAUGCAUUGAACAAGAACAGCAACAGCAUGCUGUUACGACGACGUUUAAGCAUUAUUGUAGGGUUUGCAAGAAGGGAUUUAUGUGCGGGAGAGCUCUAGGAGGGCACAUGAGAGCUCACGGGAUCGGAUAUGAGAAUGCGAGCAUGGAGGACGACGACGAUGAUCCGGUGAGCGAUUGGGAAGAUAAGGUGGGGGCGAAUAAGAGGAUGUAUAAAUUGAGGACGAACCCUAAUAGGUUGAAGAGUGUUAGGGUUUGUGAGAAUUGCGGGCAGGAGUUUUUUUCAUGGAAGUCGUUUCUGGAGCACGGGAAAUGCGGGUCGGGUGACGAGGAAGCGGAGGAGGAGGAGGAGUCGCUGGUGUCGUCGCCGGGAUCGGACGCCGACGAGAGCUUUGGGCGGAGGGGGCACGGGUGGUCCAAGAGGAAAAGGUCGUUGAGGGCGGGUAAAGGUGGCGGGUAUUUUUCCAGCGAGGAUGAAGACCUGCUUUUUGCCAAAUGUUUGGUGGAUUUGGCGAACUCCAGGGUGUACUCGCCGCCGCCGCCGGCGGCGGCGGCGGAGGCGGAGGAGUCGUCGUCCGCUAGUAAGGAGGAGGAGCGGCGGCACCCGGUUGGGACCGGGGAAUUCCUCGCGCCGCGAGUUGGGCUGCAGCCGCAAAUUAGGCCCAAUAAAUCGGCGGCUUCUUCGUCGUCGUCUAAGGGGCUGUUUGAAUGCAAAGCUUGCAAGAAAGUUUUCACGUCGCACCAAGCCUUAGGCGGACACAGAGCCAGCCACAAGAAAGUUAAAGGAUGCUACGCAGCCAAACAGGACGUACAAUACACCGACAGCCUCGCCGAGGAUGACGUCAUCACCCACGAGGAAUUCCUCCUCCCCAACUCCGGCGCCUACGCCGCCGCCGCAAGCGGCGGCGGCGGCGGCGGAUCUUCAAGAAGAAAAACCAAAGUCCACGAAUGCUCCAUCUGCCACCGCGUCUUCUCCACCGGCCAAGCCCUCGGCGGCCACAAACGCUGCCACUGGAUCACCUCCAACGCCUACUCCCCCGACACCUCCAUCGCCAAAUUCCACUUCCACGACCCCUCCCCCAUCGACACCAAAAAAUCCGAAGCCGCCGCCGCCCUCGACCUCAACCUCAACCUCCCCGCCCACGGCGGCGACCGCGACGAAAUCUCCCGACUCAGAAACCCCUCCCUCAAUCACCGCCUCAGCUUCGAAGUCUCCACGGAGAUUCACCUCCACCGGCCCUGGUUCAUGGACACCGACACAGACAAAAACGACAACCUUAACAACAAAAAACGCAAGAACAACAACAACAACGAUGCCGCCAUUGGAGACGACGAUGAAGCUGACAGUAAAUUGAAGUUCGCGAGGAUAAGUGGGCUAAAGGAGAGCAGUAGCAGUAAGGGCGGCAACUCUUCUUCGCAAUGGCUUCAAGUGGGAAUUGGCUCUGCAGCGGCGGAUUGA